GCAAGCUGCACAUCACGACUGAAACCGCCGUAGCUGGACAAGCGACACCUGGACUUUCCGACGGUCUUGAAGCCUUGCAUAUCGUGAGACGGAAGAAUCCGCCUAGACAAGCGAGCAGAGCGACGCCAGGACUCUCGAGAAACUUCAGUCAUCUGCAAUUGGCGAGCGAAGACAGUGUCCUGCAAGACAGCCAGUACACCCGUUUCUGAGUGCUGAUCUCAGCCGAGCACCAACACGAACGACGAUGCCGGGCCCAAGUGUUCCCGGCGCCCAACUGGGACAAUUCCUCGUUGCCAUCAAUGGAUUCAUACAAAAUCACAACGAGGAUCAGCUCGCACAGUGGAUGGUCAUCGAACCGCCGUUUCCCAACGAAUAUCAGCAGUUGAUCAGCGAGGUGCGACAACUGUAUCCAAAGGGCAACGAGAGUGCGCUGGAGGACAAGUGCAGACAGGUGCUCGGUGCUGCUCGGGAGGGUGUGGAUGGCAGUGGGACUUGGUCGCAAUUCAUACUGUUCAUGGUGCAGUAUCUUGUCUAUUUGCGAGACCUGCAGCCAGAUAAGGAUCAUUUGCUGGAGACUUUUGAGUCGCUGAGUUUGUUGCAGAAGAAAGCGAACAGCGCUCUCAACCACGGAGUACUAGGGCAGCUCAUGCUAUCCGUGGUGGUCACCAGCGCCAAAUUCGUGUGCUUCCUCGCCAUCACCCUGGACAAGGAUCCUUCACUCCUCGGCAGCGGAGCUAAGGCGGCCGCCAAAGAAGACGAUUCACCGGUGUCACUCGCCGAAGGAGCCGUGAAUAACCUCCGCGACGCAUUCAACACAUGUGCGACCGACCGCACAUCCUACCUCGACAGUAAUGGCAGACCCGAAGGCAAGAAGCGUGGCAUCUACCUCAUCGCCAACAUCUGCUUCAAAAUCCUGUUCCAAUGCCGCAAAACGAGCAACGCUACCACCUUCUUCGAACACAUCUACCUCCACUCCCCACCUCUGAGCGCCUAUCCCAAAAGCCAACGAGUCACCUACCUGUACUACCUCGGUGCCUACCUCUUCGAGAACAGCCACUUCUACCGCGCCCAACUCGCGCUCCAACAUGCCUAUGACGAAUCCCCUGCUAGUCCUCAAUGCAUCCGCCAACGUCGACGUAUCCUGGUCUAUCUCAUCACCUCCAACAUUAUCAUGGGCCGCUUCCCAUCCGCCUCCCUCCUGCAACGCCCCGAAGCACAAGGCCUCUACGACCGCUUCAUGCCUCUCAUGCACGCCAUUCGCAGCGGCAACAUCGCCGCGUUCAGGCAGCACCUCGACUGGAGCAGUCCGCACGCCGACUUCUUCCUCCACUUCCGAAUCCUCCUACAACUCCGCAACCGCUGCGAAGUCCUCGUAUGGAGAAGCUUAAUCCGUAAGACCUGGAUUUUAGCCGGCACGAGGUACGACCGGACUGGGAACAGCAAAGCCGCACCGCACGUGAGCGUCGAAGAUCUAGUCGCAGUCUUCUACGCUCUAGAAAAGCGCGCUCAAAAUCCGGCCGAAGCAGUGUGGCAGGACCCCGACUUCGACGGCGCAGACUACAAAACCGAGCCGGACAAGCUCCUCCCCGAUGCGACGUCCAUCGAGUCGAUACUCUCCUCGCUCAUCGAGCAAGGGUUUCUGCGUGGAUUUUUGGCGCAUCGAUCGGGCAAGUUUGUGAUUAUGGGAGCGAAGCAGAGAGGUGGAGAUGAAUUGGCGGCGGGCUUUCCGACGCCUUGGGAGGUUAUUCGGCAGAAGGCGGACGAGGAGGUUCCGGGGUGGAGAAAGAUGCCGCAGAGUGGUGCUGGUGGGAUGGUGAUCAAUUUGAGCGGUGCGAGGCCGGCGGGCAUGGUUUAA